CUCCCCCCCCCCCCCCCCGGGGGGAAUCCCCCAGGAGCGGCGGGGAGUUUUUCCAGAAAGGCCCGGCCUCGCCGAGAGCCCGUCGCUUUCCGAGCGGGAGGGAAGAGGAGCCGGGACCCCCCCACGCCUCCCGGAGACCCUCCCGUGGCCGACGUCCGGGAGCUGAGGGGACGGGGGUCGUAGGACAGCAGAGACCGGCGCCCGCUCGCCCCGGUCUGACCGGUACGGACGUGUGAGAAAGCCGUCUUCUGUCCCGAGCGUCUAAUUCCAGCUUCGGCCUCGCUCCGCCUCCGAUCCCGCUACUGAUUUCUGCAGUUCGGGCACGGUGCCCGUAUUCCAAGAUCCCGGGACGGCGACCUACUGGCUUGGGAGCGAGUGACAGGAGACGAUCAGCUGGCCCCCGGUGACACGUUUUAGGGGUGAUUGUUGCCAAAUGGCGCGUAGGGCGACCCCAUGCUACCCUAGGGGCCCACCAUCAGGGUCUGUCUUCCCCACUGGACCGUCAGCUCCUAGAGAGUAAGAAUCACGUCUGCUAAAUCGAUUAGAAACUCCCGGAGCGCUGAGCAUGGUGAUCUCGGCAAUCCCCCGGAAAUGGUCAACGCCACCAAGGUGACGGGAUUCCUGCUGCUGGGAUCCUCGGAGAUCCGGGAGCCGCGGCCGGUCCAGGCCGCGCCGUUCCUCCCGGUCUACCCGGCGGCCCCGACGGGGAACCUCCUCGUCGUCGCCGUCACCGUCCUCGACCGGCGCCUCCGCGCCCCCAUGUACUUCUUCCUGGGGAACCUGUCCCUCAUCGACCUCUGCUACGUCUCCGUCACCGUCCCCAAAUCCAUCCACGACUCCCCGACCGACCGCAGAGAAAUCUCCUUCCUGGGCUGUGCCGCCCAGGUCUUCUCGGUGGUCCUCUUCGGCGGUUCCGAGGUGUUCCUCCUCACGGCCAUGUCCUACGACCGCUACGCCGCCAUCUGCCUCCCCCUGCGCUACGAGGUCGUCAUGGACCGAGGGGCCUGUGGGAAGCUGGCCGCCGCCUCUCGGCUCUUCGGAGGGCUGUUUGCAGUGAUGUCCUCCUCCGGGACGUUCUCCCUUCCCUUCUGCGGGUCCUUCCUGAUCCCACAGUUCUUCUGCGAUAUCGUCUCCGUGGUCCGGCUCUCCUGCUCCGAAACGCACCUCGUCAUCGAUGCGGUCGUAGUCACCGGGACCCUUUUGGGCGUCCUCUGCUUCGUCUCCAUCGCCGUCUCGUACGCGCGCGUCUUCCGGGCCGUGCUGAGGAUGCCGGCCGCCGAGGGCCGGGCCCGAGCCCUCUCCACCUGCCUGCCCCGCCUCGCCGUCACGACCGUGUUUUUCACCACGGCUGCCUUCGGUAGCUUACAUCCACCUUCGGACUCCUCCUCAGUGCCCGACCUGCUGGUGUCCGUGUUCUACUCUGUGGUUCCCCCCGCCCUCAACCCCCUCGUCUACAGCCUGAGGAACCGCGACGUGAAGAUGGCGAUGGGGAGGGUCCUGGUUGGGAGUCUUUUCUCCAGAGGUAGACAAUUUCACUUCACGUUCUGACUCCGUGAUUUCUCUCCCCCAGGACUCUGGACAGACUUGAGCGGCCUGCAGGGAUCUGAGAUAUUUGUCGUUAGAGACUUUUCCGGCCUUCCCGCUGCCUAUGAUCGACGGCUUUGACUAGUUUGGUAGAAGAGUUUCUAUCCGGCUGCCCCUGACGGUAUUUAUAUCUAGUUCCCAUGCCCGAGGACGGGUCCCUGCACUUGGAUUCUUCCCCUUUACUCACCAGCAGCAGAGUGGAGAGCACGGGCCUGGGAGUCAGGAAGACCCGGGUUCUAAUCCUGAUUGUGCCACUUGUCUGCUGUGUGAC